GGAUUUUUUUUCAGUGGCCGCCGCCCCAGCCUGUCUUUCACCUUCGUCGUUUCCUGGUGGCCGGCGCCCUCCCCAGCCGUGGAGCUCCCACCAGCGCGCGCGCCCCUGCAUCCCUGCUCCACUCGGCGCCUCUGCUCCUCCCCUGGUCGGAUGGGGAUCCACCUGGUGGCGUUCGUGGCGGGGGGGCUUCCUGCAGGUGUUCUAGGUGUUGGCGCUGCUGAUUGGAACCAGUGUGCCCCGACUCGCUCCUUCUCGCGCCGAGCUCCUCCCCUGCGGCUCUCUCAUAGCGCCUAGGAUCUCCUCCCUCACAUCUCCAGGGCGCGCCGGGCUACUGCCCCAUCGAGUAGUUCGCUGGUGGUCCCGCGGGUGCCUCCUGGUCGCGCUCGGCCAGGGAGCUCCCUUCCUCUCGCGUCCAUCUUCCCCAGCGCCCUUGGAGCGGACGUACUCUCCCUCAUCUCCUUCCCCGACGCCGCCCUCUCCCUGGUCGAGCUCGACACGCCAGAUCGACAGUCGCCAUCCCCUGCGUUCGGCCCAACGUUUUCUGAUCGUCCGAUUAAUCGCGAUUAAUCGGCGAUUAAUCGACUGAUCAGCAUCACGCAUCCGAUAAGGAGUACCGACGCUAUCAGGGCGAUUAGAAACCUGAUCGUCCGAUUAGUCGACGACUAAACGCGAUUAGUCGUCCGACUAGAGAUCGCGGACGAUCAGUUUGGCCCGCUUCGUUUUUCACUGUUCGUUACUUUCAUUUCGGCCCACUCACUGCCACUACAGCCCAGCCCACUACAGCAGUACAGCCCACUCAGUCACUCAUUCAGUACAGCCCACUCACACUCAGUCACUCACGGCCACGCACGCAGGCAGCACGUUCGCCAAUCGCCAACGCCAACUCCCAUUGAAACCCUAGACGGUGUCCAGUUCUCCACACGGGCGACGGCGGCCGGCGGCGCGCCACCGGCGACCUGCGCCCCCUCCGCGGUCCCUCCCCACCUCCCCAGUUCCCCAAUCCCAGCGCGCCACCGACGCAUAGCAGCAGGCAGCACCGCAGCAGCACUGCAACACUGUAUUCUUCUCCGCAGUCCCAGUCCCAGUCGGCCAGUCCCCACCUCCAGGUGAGCAGGCCAGCAGCAAUAAACUUUGAGUGAGUGAAGUGUUGAAUUGCUGUUAAACUUUGAGCAGCAAUAAAUUUGCAGCAGGCCCACUGAAGAUGAGUAAUACUUCAUCUUCGUCUAGCGUUGAGCGUGCUAUGCAGCGAUGGAGGGCUGUGGAGAUUUUAUUCCCUUCUGAAGCAGAAGCUGCUGCUGAUUUCGUGGAUGAUGGUGUUUCUAUACCAAGGGUGUCUGCAACUGCAAGUGCAACUGUAGCUCCAUCUGCUGGUUCUGGUAAUAUGGAAGAUUCACAAACCUUAAUUGAUAAGGCUUUAGCAGAGCUGCCACAAGAGCUUGCUGACCUCGCUAAAGAUCCUAAGAAUCAUGCUAGAUCAAAGGAUCCGGGCUGGAAGUAUGGAUUUUGGCCCAAUGAGACAAAGAAGGAAAUGGUACAGUGCAUAUUUUGUAAAAAGGUUGUGCCUGCAGGGAUAAGGAGAUUCAAGCAACACCUUUGUGGUGGUUUUGGAGACACUGAAAAAUGUCCAAAGGCACCUGCCAUUGUUAGGAAAGAGAUGCGUGAUUACCUUGUUCAGAAUACAAGGUCAAAAGCCACGCUGAUGGAAGAAGAGAAUGUACAAACUGCAGAAGAGGAAUGUCAAGGUGAAGUUGUUGUUGUGCCAAGUUCUGGAACAAAGGCAAAGGAAGCAAAAAGAAAAGUUAUUGCUCAAGCUUCCAUUACUUCUUUUGUUGGAAAGAAAUACGUAAAAUCAGUGAGUUCGAUGUUGUGUAAGACUCCUGAAGAGGUAGUCAAUCAGAGGCAUAGUUCCACAUCUUCUCAACCUACACUUGAGCAUUGUACAAAGAAGUCAAAGGAAGCAAAACAAAUUGUAGAUGAUCAUGUUGCAGAUUUUUUUUAUGAGAAUGGAAUUCCAUUGAAUGCAAUCAAUUCAAGAAGCUGGGAAAUCAUGGUGGAGUCAAUUGGGCAAUAUGGACCUGGUUACCGAUCUCCUUCUUACAAUGCCAUGAGGGAACCCGUACUUGAGAGGGCAGUUGUGAAGACAAAUGAAUUAAGGAAAAGGCAUGAGGAAUCUUGGAAGGAGUAUGGUUGCACACUAAUGUCUGAUGGAUGGACUGACCAACGACACCGCCAUCUCAUCAAUUUCCUUGCCAACAGUCCAGCAGGCACCUUUUUUCUAGGUUAUGUGGAUGCUUCUAGUGAGGUUGUUGAUGGCAUUAUGUUAGCAAACUUACUUGAGAAACAAAUUGAGAUGAUUGGGAAGGAAUAUGUGGUACAUGUUGUAACAGACAAUGGUGCUAACUUCAAGGCAGCAGGUAGGAUUUUAAUGGAGAGGAUACCAACUUUGUUUUGGACCCCUUGUGCCGCCCAUUGCUUAGAUUUGUUGCUUGAGGACCUUGGUAAAAUAAAGGAUUUCAGUUCUUGCAUCAAUGAUGCAAAAAAGGUGUCUAGGUUUAUAUAUAAGCAUGGGAGAAUUCUUGAUAUGAUGAGAGCAAAGGUGGGUGGAGAUUUGGUUAGGCCGGCUGUUACACGUUUUGCAACCUCCUUUCUUACACUUGCUAGCAUGCAUAGGCAUAAGCAAGCACUGAAAAACUUAUUUGUCAGUGAAGAUUGGUACCGCAACAAAUUAUCUACAUCUAUGGAAGGGAAAGCUGCAGAGAACAUUGUGUUGUCUGUACCCUUUUGGAAUCAUGUAGAAGAUUGUUUGAAAGCUUCACAGCCCAUUCUAAUUGCUUUGAGGAUAGCAGAUGGUGAUGAGACACCUGCAGUUCCUGAGAUCGUGUCAGCCAUGAAUACAGCAAGGACGAGCAUAAAGGAAUCUUUGAAAAAAAAGCCACAGCUGUUGAAUGAAGUUCUAGGGUACUUUGAGAAGAGAUGGGAGAAUCAAAUGGAGCAAAAACUAUAUGGGGCAGCAUUGUUUUUGAAUCCAGCCAAGUUUUUUCCUAUAAGAGAGAAUGAUAGAAGGGAAGCAACUAGACUUAGGUCAUUGUUCAAUGAUGUUCUAUGGAAAAUGGUGUCGGACGAUGAUGAGCAAAGCAUAAUUAGCAAACAGGCUGAUGAUUACGAGAGGUCUGAAGGUGAAGCCUUCUCAAAGGCAAUAGCAAUAAAGGAUAGGAACCGAAAAAAUCCUAUUCUUUGGUGGGGUGCAUAUGGUGGGCUUGCAUAUGAGCUUCAAACAUUAGCAAAAAGGAUUGUUAGCCUUUGUUGCUCGGCAUCAGGAUGUGAGCGCAGCUGGAGCACAUUUUCUCAGAUACACACCAAAAGGAGGAAUCGAUUAGAGCACAAGAGGUUGAAUAAAUUGGUUUAUGUUAGCUACAACAGAAAAAUGGCAAAUAGGUUUACAAAGAUACGUGAGCUCGGUUCGAAGGGAAAGAGAAGCAACCCAUUGCACCUUGAAGAAUUUCAGUGGGAAAAUGAGUGGGUUGUGGCUGAUAAUGAUUCAGUUCAUCAAGGAGCUGCACAUGAUGAGGCAAUUGGUGCAUCUCAAGGUUUAAGUGGCCACAAUUUGCCAAUGGUUACUGCUGCACAUGCCAGAAACUUAUGGACUACUAGUGAGUUUCCAACAAGGAAAAGAACCUCAAGAAAGCGUCCUAGGGUACCUGAACCAACUAUUAAUGAAGAGGAGAUCCUUGAAGAUGGCGAAGAAUCUGAAUCUGAGGAAAUGCAAAAGAAUGGGGAAGAUGGUUCUGGGCCUUCUACCUCAUUUGGGACUGAAAAUGCAUUUCAAGUGGAUGAAGAUUUGCUUUAGAUAGUAUAUCAAUUACCAGUGGACUUUCAUUUGAGAACUUUAAACUUUAGACUUAUGUAAUAAUUGUUGUACUCUUUUGCUGGAAGCCUGCAAUGGCUUGUUAUCCUGUUC